AUGGUUGUUUUCGAGCAUCAUUCUGGAAUAGAACUAACUCCUGGUGUCUUCCUUGGGUCUUAUACAUCCUUGCUCAACGGCGAGUUCAUAGAUGGCGCAAACAUUAAGGUAGUCGUCAACUGCGGAUGUUCAUCUGGCUUUCUCGAAUUCCUUGACGUACAGAUCCCUGUUAUAUCCUCAGACGUCAUUAUCCUCAAUCUCGAUCCUAGUAUUUCGAACGGCCUGGCAAUUUUUAACGCUUUCCACAAACGCUUUAAUAAAGUUUUGCAGCACUAUUUGGCUUUUUUUUACCAGUAUAAUCAGAAUAUCCACUACUACAUCCAUUCCAACCUACAUAAUGCAGAGUUGGCCUUUGAUUCUCCAACUAUUAAUGGAAACCCUUUGAAGCUGCUUUUCAACAUCAACCGCCUUUUGAAACUCAUAACUACUGUGAACGAGUCAGCAGGCAUCCUAUUCGUGUCGUCCAAGUUCAACCAACAACACGCUUCCAACUCACUCAUUUACGCUUUAGCCUUACUGUUUCUAAUGGACAGAUAUGGCUAUAAUUUGGACGCUAGCUCUCGGUAUCUACAAUCUUUACUACAGCGUUCAUCAUUGGGAAAGAACGGAGCUGUCCCUCUUUUCAAUCGGCAACAUUAUGAUGACGUGUUGAUGGUUGACAGUCUCAAGAAAUUCUUCCAAGAAAAUAGGGUAAUCAAAGAAAGGGAAGGCAGUAUAUUGACGGAAAACUUGAGGCUCAAGCGUUCGAAUGAUUGUAUUGAGGCGCUAUCAUCACCGAAAGGUUUCAAAAGAUUAGCAUAA